AUGGACCCAGAGGAGAAAAUCCUGCAGAGGUUUUCAAUGGAGCGACAGGUAAGAUCCUAUACAGACUGACACACGUCUCUGUUCUCUCCUCUGCGCAUUUUACUCCCAUGUCCUGUCCUAUAUGGAAUAAACCGCAAAACUAGCUCCAGCAGAGCUGCACUUAGGCUAGCUGCUUUUAGCAACGCUGGUAUAUUUAACCGCACAGUAAGUUGGAAAUUUCAUUUCAUUUAACUUCUGGCUUCCCGCUGACCUUUUGUGCAACCCAAUACAACAGGGAGCAACGCUAGUUUAUGUAGAUACAACCGCAUUGCUAAAAGCAGCUACACUUUGGCUGACCCUGUGCUCCUCUCAAAAGUGUGUGUUGUGGAGGGGUUGAGAGGAGAAAAUACACAUUUUCAAUGUAAGAUUUGGACAAAUACAUUUGUAUUGUAUAAAGAUGUACCAUAAGUCCAUAACUUAACAUUGUCCUGUGUUGAUGUUGUCCUCCUUCAGCGUACCCAGGACAAGAAGGACAUGUACAACCUAAAUGAGGAGGAGGAGUUGACCCCACUAUGGCCGGUCUCUGUCUGAGAUGGAGAAGCUCAAGGACAUGGUAGACAGUUGGUGAUGAAGCCGAUGAGAAAGGAAUGCUCUCAGGUGAGACACACAAUGACCCUAGACUUCACACAAUUGGUGGGGAGCUGUAGACCAAUGUGAGAGAGAGCAAGAAGGUGGUGGAGGAGAGAAGGGGUGGAGGAGUGAGAGGUAUAGUGGAGGAGAGAGCGAGAGAAGGGGGUGGAUGGGGAGAGAGGGAGGUAUAGAGAAGGGCGUGGAGGAGAAGGGGGUAGAGGAGAGAAGGAGAACCAAAUGGGAAGUCAUCUAUAAGUCAGUAAAGAUGUACAUAGUAUUUGUGUCUGUAAAAAUGAGGCAGCACUAUCUGUUGAAGUAGGGACCAUAACAAUGCCAUUAUUUUCUCAUCUACCUGUUCUCAAGCCGAGCUGACAGCGUCCCACUACGGAGGAGGAGCAGGAAGACCCCAGGAGAGAAGGAUGAUCAGGGGGACCACAAAGACAAGUCCAGGAGAGAAGGACGAUCAGGGGGACCACAGCCAAGUCCAGGAGAGAAGGACGAUCAGGGGGACCAACAGCCAAGUCCAGGAGAGAAGGGACGAUCAGGGGGACACAGCCAAGUCCAGGAGAGAAGGACGAUCAGGGGGACCACACAGCCAAGUCCAGGGAGGACGAUAGGGGACCACAGCCAAGUCCAGGGGGGACCAGGGACCACAGCCAAGUCCAGGAGAGAAGGACGUCAGGGGGACCACAGGCCCAAGUCCAGGAGAUGAAGACGAUUCAGGGGGGACCACAGCCAAGUCCAGGAGAGAGACGGCCGAUCAGGGGGACCACAGCCAAGUCCAGGAGAGAAGGACGACCAGGGGGACCACAGCCAAGUCCAGGAGAGAAGGACGAUCAGGGGGACCACAGCCAAGUCCAGGAGAGAAGGACGAUCAGGGGGACCACAGCCAAGUCCAGGAGAGAAGGACGAUCAGGGGGACCACAGCCAAGUCCAGGAGAGAAGGACGAUCAGGGGGACCACAGCCAAGUCCAGGAGAGAAGGACGAUCAGGGGGACCACAGCCAAGUCCAGGAGAGAAGGACGAUCAGGGGGAACACAGCCAAGUCCAGGAGAGAACGCGAUCAGGGGGAACACAGCCAAGUCCAGGAGGAGAAGGACGAUCAGGGGGACCACAGCCAAGUCCAGGAGAGAAGGACGAUCAGGGGGACCACAGCCAAGUCCAGGAGAGAAGGACGAUCAGGGGGACCACAGCCAAGUCCAGGAGAGAAGGACGAUCAGGGGGACCACAGCCAAGUCCAGGAGAGAAGGACGAUCAGGGGGACCACAGCCAAGUCCAGACAGGAACUCAUGGAGGAACUCAUCCUCAAGUCCAAACAGGAAAAGGUGAGCUUCCCUCAACUAUUGGAGGAUACACUUUAUUGUCAUUAUAGCCCCACAGUGGAGGUGUCAUAAUACCCAUAAAACCUAGCGGUCAAACAGGGAAAUGGUUCCAAUCGUUUUUCCACCAUUCAUUUUUCCCAUAGGGGAUUUUAGAAACACUUAAAAUAAGGGCUGUGUUUUGUGUAGACUUACCCUGGCGUGACUAUUGUGUCAAUGUAAUACUUGCACAAGACAGUUAAUAGAAUUGUCCAUUUAAAGAAAUGUAGCCAAUUUAUUCAUUACUACAGUUAGCCAACAUUAGAUACAGUGAGGGAAAAAAGUAUUUGAUCCCCUGCUGAUUUUGUACGUUUGCCCACUGACAAAGAAAUGAUCAGUCUAUGAUUUUAAUGGUAGGUUUAUUUGAACAGUGAGAGACAGAAUAACAACAAAAAAAUCCAGAAAAACGCAUGUCAAAAAUGUUAUAAAUUGAUUUGCAUUUUAAUGAGGGAAAUAAGUAUUUGACCCCUCUGCAAAACAUGACUUAGUACUUGGUGGCAAAACCCUUGUUGGCAAUCAGAGGUCAUAUGUUUCUUGUAGUUGGCCACCAGGUUUGCACACAUCUCACGAGGGAUUUUGUCCCACUCCUCUUUGCAGAUCUUCUCCAAGUCAUUAAGGUUGAGGCUGACGUUUGGCAACUCGAACCUUCAGCUCCCUCCACAGAUUUUCUAUGGGAUUAAGGUCUGGAGACUGGCUAGGCCACUCCAGGACCUUAAUGUGCUUCUUCUUGAGCCACUCCUUUGUUGCCUUGGCCGUGUGUUUUGGAUCAUUGUCAUGCUGGAAUACCCAUCCACGACCCAUUUUCAAUGCCCUGGCUGAGGGAAGGAGGUUCUCACCCAAGAUUUGACGGUACAUGGCCCCAUCCAUCGUCCCUUUGAUGCGGUGAAGUUGUCCUGUCCCCUUAGCAGAAAAACACCCCCAAAGCAUAAUGUUUCCACCUCCAUGUUUGACGGUGGGGAUGGUGUUCUUGGGGUCAUAGGCAGCAUUCCCCCUCCUCCAAACACGGCGAGUUGAGUUGAUGCCAAAGAGCUCCAUUUUGGUCUCAUCUGACCACAACACUUUCACCCAGUUCUCCUCUGAAUCAUUCAGAUGUUCAUUGGCAAACUUCAGACGGGCAUGUAUAUGUGCUUUCUUGAGCAGGGGGACCUUGCGGGCGCUGCAGGAUUUCAGUCCUUCACAGCGUAGUGUGUUACCAAUUGUUUUCUUGGUGACUAUGGUCCCAGCUGCCUUGAGAUCAUUGACAAGAUCCUCCCGUGUAGUUCUGGGCUGAUUCCUCACCGUUCUCAUGAUCAUUGCAACUCCACAAGGUGAGAUCUUGCAUGGAGCCCCAGGCCGAGGGAGAUUGACAGUUAUUUAGUUUUUCUUCCAUUUGCGAAUAAUCGCACACCAACUGUUGUCACCUUCUCACCAAGCUGCUAGGCGAUGGUCUUGUAGCCCAUUCCAGCCUUGUGUAGAUCUACAAUCUUGUCCCUGACAUCCUUGGAGAGCUCUUUGGUCUUGGCCAUGGUGGAGAGUUUGGAAUCUGAUUGAUUGAUUGCCUUUAAGAGUGUGCUCCUAAUCUCAGCGCGUUACCUGUAUAAAAGACACCUGGGAGCCAGAAAUCUUUCUGAUUGAGAGGGGGUCAAAUACUUAUUUCCCUCAUUAAAAUGCAAAUCAAUUUAUAACAUUUUUGUCAUGCGUUUUUCUGGAUUUUUUUGUUGUUAUUCUGUCUCUCACUGUUCAAAUAAACCUACCAUUAAAAUUAUAGACUGAUCAUUUCUUUGUCAGUGGGCAAACGUACAAAAUCAGCAGGGGAUCAAAUACUUUUUUCCCUCACUGUAGUUAAUCCAGAGAUUCUUACCUUUGCCUCGAUUUGGCAGUCUCAUCCAGAUCAUCAUGGCAUUUGUAGUUCUUUAUGAUAGCCACAUUAGCAGCUAAUUAGCAUUUCAUUUGUUGGGGGUAAAUGCGGGCGACUAUGUUGAUAAAAGUCACCUUGUCGUGCCUCCCGAGUGGCGCAGCGGUCUAAGGCACUGCAUCGCAGUGCUAGAGGCGUCACUACAGACCCGGGUUCGAUCCCGGGCUGUAUCACAACCGGCCGUGAUCGGGAGUCCCAUAGGGCGGCGCACAAUUGGCCCAGCGUUGUCCGGGAUUGGGGGAGGGUUUGGUCAGGGGGGCUUUACUUGGCUCCUCGCGCUAUCGCUCUAGCGACUCCUUAUGGCGGGCCGGGCGCCUGCAGGCUGAUCUCGGUCGUCAGUUGAACGGUGUUUCCUCCGACACAUUGGUGCGGCUGGCUUCCGGGUUAAGCGGGUGGGUGUUAAGAAGCGUGGUUUGGUGGGUCAUGUUUUCGGAUGGCGCAUGACUUGACCUUCGCCUCCCGAGCCCAUUGGGGAGUUGUAGCGAUGAGACAAGAUCGAAAAAAGGGGUAACAUUUUGUCCUAGAGAGAUUUACAUGAUUAUCUAAACGUCACUCUAGGGUAAGUCUACACGAAACACAGCCCUUAUUUGAAGUGUUUCUAAAGUCCCCUAUGGGAAAAAUGAAUGGUGGAAAAACUAUUGGAACCAUUUCCCUGUUUAGGCCGCUAGGUUUUAUGGGUAUUAUGACUCAUACUGUGGUACUCUAUUUCUUAGACACUUUUAGAAAUGGUAUAGAGCAGCUAUGGGCAACUUUGAUGGGGGAGGGGCCACAAAAAAACGAAUCAUGAGGGAGGGGGGGGGGGCCCAACAAAAAUGUCGCUUAGGGCCCCCAAAAGACUAGGGCCGGCUCUGACUGCAUGUGUGGGUACGGAUGUGGGUCCACAGACCUGUGAGCCACUGUAGUGGCCACUGUGGACCCACAUCCGUACCCACACAUGCAGUCAGAGCCGGCCCUAGUCUUUUGGGGGCCCUAAGCGACAUUUUUGUUGGGUCCCCCCCCCCCCACACACCUUGUGAGCAAAACAUUUUAGCGGCCCACCUCUUGACAGCGGAGAGAAAAUAUUGAAGUUUAGAGUUAAUUUCCAGCAAUUCUACACAUUUUGCCAUGGGGGCGUAGAGAAAAUGUUACAGUUUUAAAAUGUUUGCUGCAAUUUUACACAUUGUGCCAUAGGAUGGAGAGAAAUGUUUGCAGUUUUUAAUAUAAAAUCUGAAUGCCCCCCGGCUGGUAAUUGAUUACUACAAGAUAGCUGGAUAGACUAACUUUCCAAUCGCAUUUCUUUUUUUGCUGACUUUGCUAAUUGAGUGACUGUCAGUGACUGAAAUAACAAGAGAGAAACUGCUGAUGCCCAAUCAAAUUUAGAAAUUGCACCUUGUGUAUUCUAUUAUUCUAACUCUAAGUUGAGACACUGACUGAGUUCCAAAAAAUAUAUUGAUCCGGAAUUGAUCCGCGAGCCUACAAACGGGGGGGUGCCAGUUGCCCUGGUAAAGGGAACAAUGUAGAGUGAAUGGUUCAGAAAGGUCCACUGUGUGCUGAAACGGUGGUUCGCCUAAUUAGCCUAAAUGAUAAGGAGUAACUGUGGAACCUCGUAUUUCCCCCCCCACUGUACAGUAUAAGCCACCAGUUCUGGGGUAUUUCACUGUAACUUUCCUAGCAGAGCUAUACAGGUGCCUGGGGUGAGACCAGACUAACAGGUAGUUUGAUGUCCUCAGAGGGCGAGGCAGAACCAGGUGCUGACUGAGAAGCUGGGCCAGGACUGGAAGAGCAUCCAGCGACCGCUGUCCCACAAGAAUGCCCCCAAGGCUGACAGACCAGAGGAGGACAAAACCAAGGGGAGAGAACCUGAUCAGGCCUGUUGUGGAUCUGUUCCAUCUUCACCCUGCUGAGCUGUACUGGUCUGGUUAGAAAUCCAUUAGAGCACAGUGUAUUUGGGCCCGUCUGUCAGUUUGAAUGAGACUAACCUGUAGAAACACAUUUUAGAUAAAAACGAUUCUACCUCUACUAAGUUUUCUGUUCUCAUUUUGUUUCUCCCCCCUGUAUGUUCCAGCUGGAUGAGUAUGACAUGGAUGGUGCGUGAGCUGGGCUUUGAGAUGAAGGCUCAGCCCUCAGAGAAGGUGAAGACCCCAGAGGAGGUGGCCAGGGAGGAGAGGGAGCGCCUGCAGAAACUAGAGGUAUGGAUGUCUCUACCUUUCCUUCAUGGCCGUUGAUGGGUGAAAGUACUGGAUAUAAUUAUGUCCUGCCAGAUCAUAGAGGAAGAAGAAGCCAGUAAGGAUGUUUCAGUCCCUCUCUGUGUGCCGACGUCUACUGACACUGUUUCCUGUCUGUGGUUUGACCCUUGACCCAGGCUGAGGAGGAUGAUGGGAGAUGUCGUAGAAGACAGCACCAAGACCCAGACUCACCUGUCAGCUGACGACCUCAACGACGGCUUCAUCCUGGACGGAGAUGACAGACUCUGGCCUAUCAGGUAAGAGACCAGACAGACUCUGGCCAAUCAGGUAAGAGACCAGACAGACUCUGGCCAAUCAGGUAAGAGACCAGACAGACUCUGGCCAAUCAGGUAAGAGACCAGACAGACUCUGGCCAAUCAGGUAAGAGACCAUACAGACUCUGGCCUAUCAGGUAAGAGAGGUGCCUAUGUCUGAGUUUAUGCUUGAUAUUUCUAGUGUAUGUCUUGUAUAUGCACGAGGUCAUAAACGACAUUUCCCCAAGGUGACAAUAUCAAGUUUAAUUGUCACAUGCACAAGUACAGUGAAAUGCCUUUCUUGCCAGCUUUAAACCCAACAACGCAGUAAUCAAUAUCAAUGAAGUACUAAAAACAACAAGGUGGAAGGAAAACACAUGAUAACUAGAAAUAAGAAGAACAGGAGAAAGUAAGUCAGUCAGCUCUUAGCCAUGGUAUGUUGGCCAUAUUUUUACAUUUACACUUUAGUCAUUUAGCAGACGCUCUUAUCCAGAGCGACUUACAGUUAGUGAAUAUAUAUAUAUAUUUUAUACUGGCCCCCCGUGGGAAACGAACCCACAACCCUGGCGUUACAAACGCCAUGCUCUAUCAACUGAGCUACAUCCCUGCCGGCCAUUUCCUCCCCUACCCUGGGCCAAUUGUGCGCCGCCCAUGAGUCUCCCGGUCGCGGCCGGCUGCGACAGAGCCUGGAUUCGAACCAGGAUCUCUAGUGGCACAGUUAGCACUGCGAUGCAGUGCCUUAGACCACUGCGCCACUCAGGAGACAUAUAUCACAACCCCCCAAGGUGCCUUAUUGCUAUUAUAAACUGCUUACCAACGUAAUUAGAGCAGUAAAAAUAAAUGUUUUGUCAUAUCCGUGGUAUAUGGUCUGGUAUACCAUGGAUCUCAGCCAAUCAACAUUCAGAGCUCGAACCACCCAGUUUAUAAUAUGAGUUGACCGUCGUGUCUCUGGGUUUUGAUGUCAUCAUCCCUCCAAUAGGAGUAACCGUGCCUUCUGUUUCUCUUUUAUAGGAUGGGAAGUGGAACAUCAACAAGGAGGUGGCAGAGAUGGACGGGGGGUGACAAUGAAGAGGGAGGUGAAGGAGAGCGUGGUGAGGAGGAGGAUAGCCACUCAGACCUGGACUCUGAGCAGGAAAGCGAGGGAGGAGAGCAGGGGGAAGAAGAGAAGGAUGAAGAGCCUGCAACUAAACCUCAGCUGAGGGGGAGGAGAGGAAGGCCCAGGCGGAGGCAGCUAAAGCAGAGCUCCCAGACACUUUGA